AAGAAGACUAUUUGAUUUUCUUAUAGGAAAAGAAAAAGAAACCAUGAACCCACCACCAUGGAUGCCUCUGUCACCAAAGCCACAUGACAGUCUGUAAUCUACUGUUUAUUUGUUUCUCAUAGUGACCACCAGAGGGCGCAUUCCUAACCUUUCACCCACCCCAUAUGGCACUAUAAAUACCUCCCACUCUCUACCACCUCCGCGUACUCACAUUGCAACUCCAUCGGUAUCACAAAGAACAAAAAUAUGAAGCCAUUCUUUACAGCCCUUUUGCUGGUCUGCCUUGUUCUUACUUCCUCGUUCUUUGUGCUUACAAUGGCUGGUUCAGCAUUCUGUGACUCCAAGUGUGGGGAGAGGUGCGCAAAAGCAAGUGUGAAAGAACGGUGUUUGAAGUACUGUGGAAUUUGCUGUGAAAAGUGCAACUGCGUGCCCUCUGGAACUUAUGGGAACAAGCACGAGUGCCCUUGUUACCGGGACAUGAAAAAUUCCAAGGGCAAGCCCAAGUGCCCUUGAAGAACUUCACUGGAUUCAGUAUGGAGCUAUAAAGAAUCAGUACAUAUAUAGCUAAUUAAUAAUAAAUUGCAUGGAUUGUGUAGAGAUUAUAUAUAUGUAAUUAGUUCAUAAAAGUCGAAAUAUGAACGGAGAAACUGAUGUGCGUACUUCCAUUAGUUUAUGAAAGUGGAUUGUUUGUUAUCUA